UUUCCCUAGUGUUAGCUAAACAACAUCACGACCUUUGAAGUGGCCAACCCCGGUCGAAUGAAUGAAGUCCGGACACAGGUUUUAGCAUGUCAAAUUUUGCCAUGAGUGCCCUGUGCCGUAUUUUAACCAGGGGAGCGUAUUGCGGCCCGUCGUCUUGUUUAUCUGUAACGGGACUUCGGGAUUUUUGCAGCGGAGUCUCACGACUGGACCGUGCUGGUAGUGACAGCGUGCGAGCUGCCAGCCCUAUAAAUUUGACCUACGAUGUGUUUGAUGGGAAAGGAGAAAGCACGCCGUUGGUGUUUCUUCAUGGCUUAUUUGGGAGCAAAUCAAACUUUCACUCUAUAGCCAAGUCUCUGGUUCAGCGGACUGGCAGGAAGGUGCUGACGGUAGAUGCUCGCAACCAUGGCAAAAGCCCACACAGUCCUGUCUUGACCUACGAAGCAAUGACUUACGAUCUGACGCAUCUGCUCAGACAGCUGCACAUUGGGAAGUGUGUCCUGAUUGGACACAGCAUGGGCGGCAAGGUUGCAAUGACAACAGCUUUGUCACAGCCAAGUUUAGUGGAGCGUUUGGUGGUUGUGGACAUUAGUCCCUCUCCAACUUCAAUCCACACCAAUUUCCAUGCCUACAUUCAGGCAAUGAAAGAGGUAAAGGUACCCAGUAAUAUCCCACGUUCCACAGCACGAAGACUGGCUGAAGACCAGCUCAGGAAGAUAGUUAAGGAGCGUUCUGUGCGUCAGUUCCUCCUCACUAACCUGGAGGAGCAAAAUGGUCACUAUGGCUGGAGGGUUAACCUGGAAGCUAUCUCAAAACACCUAGAGGACCUCAUAGGUUUUCCUGAUUUUAAUACCACCUAUGAGGGUCCAACUCUUUUCUUAGGUGGCAGUAGUUCAGCCUAUAUAAGCUCUGAAGAUUACCCUGAAAUCCAGAGGCUUUUUCCUUGUGCUGAUAUCCAGUACAUCCCAGAUGCCAGUCAUUGGAUUCAUGCUGACAAGCCGUUGGAUUUCAUCAGCUCCAUAAUAACCUUCUUACAAUUAUAGUCCCUGUCUCAGGAGAGGAUACGCACAGGUGGGCCCAAUCAUAAAGGGACAGUGAAUGAAUUGUAAGGGUAUGGACCAAGAUGACUUGUACUGAGUAAGAUCUAGUCUUUUACCUUAUAAUGCACAACAGAUUCGUUACAUAAUUCCUGAUAGUUAGUGUAUUCAUUUCUUAAUGUGGUAUUUGCACUGUGGCUUAACAUAGUACAUAAAAAUGCAAUUCUAUCAAGAGGAUAUGUAGAAAUCUGUCCAUGACUUUCGAUCAAGGACAUUUGUUUGUAGCUCUCUAGUGUAACAUGUUACAUAACAAUGGAUCCAGUGGCUUUAAAAAAUAUAUAUAUAUAUAUUUUACCUUCAUAAAAAUUGGACUAUAUUUAGAUUUAUUUUUUCCAUAGCUAAAUAAUAUUUGGACUAUACAUACAUUUCUUCUGUUUUUAGUAUAUUUAUUUUUUUAGGCAUAUUGUUGACAUGGACACCCUUUUGCCGUUCUCUGAUAAGAAAUGCAAAGAUGUCUAUGCAACAGUGUGUGACUUAUUUAAUAUUUUUAAACUAGUGCUGUCAAACAACAAAACAUAAGUUUUUGUUUACAUAAUAUAUGUGUUUGUACUUUAUGUAUUUGUUGCAUAUAUAUAAAAAAUGCAGACAUGCAUGUGUAUAUUUGCAUAUAUAUAUAUAUACACACACACACACACAGUGUAUUUACACAUAUAUAAUUUAUAUAUAAUUUUUACAAAUAUAUACAUGCAUGUAUUUAUUUAUAUAUAUAUAUAUAUAUAUAUACACACACAGUACACACAUAUGUAAACAUAAACUUUUGUUUUGGAUUCGAUUAAUCACGCUUAAUCAUGAUUAAUCACGAUUAAUCGUUUGACAGCACUAUUUCAAGCCGUAAGCAUCUCUCACAGACUCAACUUAAGAUCCGUUAAGACCACAACACUGACGUACAGCCAUGGCUGUGUUUGAAUUUUUACUCUUUUUCUGGAAACAGAGAAUUUAAUUGUUUGUAGAAUGUUUUAAUUAACACUGUAGUGUGUAAUAGAUUAGCUUUUUUGUUGUUUAAAAACUGUUAAGCCUGUGUUACUGUGUUAGGUGUUUUGUUAAAACAAUUUUGUAUGGCUUUAGAACAAACAAAGAUGCUGCAAUGUAACUAAGACACUUUUCAGAGCAUCAGUAGUUAUGAUGUCAGGUACAACAUUUGUGUUUUACUAGAAAUCUCUUUUUUUUUUUUGGCCCUGGGUCCUUUUUCUGUUUUAAAAGUAGUAAAAUGUAUUUAACGAAUAGUCAACAAACUGAUCAAAUACAUAAGCAUGUGAAUAAAAUACCCAUUUCGGUGCUCGUUGGACUAUUAGAUGCCGCACAAUUUAACUUUUUGAAACAUGUACAGGUAUAUAAGUGUGAUUUUAUUACAGAGAGAGCGAUGUGCCUACCUCUGCGCACUGUUUGUCGUCUAAUCUUGGUAGGUUUAUCAGUUAUCAGUAGGUUUAUAACUGUUAUUGAUAGUUAUUGACGUACCAAAGCAGGGGUUUAUGGAAAGGUUUUCCUCGACCAGUGGUGUGCUAACGCUAUGUUCGGCUCACAUUUAAGAAUAAAUGUCAAUGUACUGUUUUUGGCAGUCUUUAGUAUAAAAACUGCUGUUAUAAGGGGAUAUUUUUGUUCAUUGUGAAAGUGUCAAUGUUUGUAAAUGAUGAGUAUUUUGUAUAUUCAUAUACAGUACUAGUUAUAUAAAUGUAUACUAUACUAAAUAUUAUAUAUAUUAUAUUUAUGACUACAAUAUUGUAAUGAUUGAUAAAUCAAGAAAUAUGCUGCAAAAUGACAUAUCCUUAAUAUCAGUGUGUGUCUCUCAUGUCAAGUAAUAAUCGUGUUGAAUGUGUAUGGUGGAACAGUAGAAUCAUAGCACUGCCAUUGCUUGUUAUGUCUAUUCACAUACAGUUUGUUGUAUAUUUGUGUUUACAUGGAACUGUAUCUUUCAGAUUUACCUGAAAUUUACUGCCAGUGAUUAUCAGCAGUGCUAGUUUAAUGUUUUGCUAGUUACCCAGCUAACAGGAAACUUUCUCAGAACUUUGGAGUUCAAACGUUCUUAGAAAAUUCCAGUAACGUUAUUAGAAUGUUCAUUCAAAGUUAUUUCGUCUUCAAUAAUGUUCUCAAAUACACUGUAAAAACAAUUUGCUGAGUCAACUUAAAAUAAUUUGUAACCUGGCUGCCUUAAAAUUUUAAGUUCAGUCAACUCUAAAAAAGUUUAUUCAACUUGAAAUGUUAAAUUAUACUAAGUGACAACUUAGAUAUUUAAGUUGAAUCAACUUCAAAUUUUAAGGCAGAUGAGUUAUUUGCCCAUCUGUUAAGUUUAGCAAACACAAAUAUCUAAGUUGUUACUUACUACAACUUAACAUUUCAAGUUGACUAAACUUAUUUUAGUUAACUGAACUUUAAGGCAGCAGGGUAACAAAUUAUUUUAAGCUGACUCAACAAAUUGUGUUUUUUACAGUGUAGGGCUGUCAAACGAUUAAUCAUGAUUAACUGCGUGCAAAAUAAAAGUUUGUGAUUAAUCGAUUAAUUGUUUGACAGCCCUAUUAAUAAUGUUCUCAGAUAGGGCUGUCAAACGAUUAAUCGUGAUUAAUCUCAUGCAAAAUAAAAGUUUGUGAUUAAUCAAUUAAUUGUUUGAGAGCCCUAUUAAUAAUGUUCUCAAUAGGGCUGUCAUAUAAUUAAUCUUGAUUAAUCACAUGCAAAAUAAAAGUUUGUGAUUAAUCAAGAUUAAUCGAUUCAUUUUUUUGACAGUUCUAUCAAUAAUGUUCUCAGUUAGGGCUGUCAUAUGAUUACUCGCAUGCAAAAUAAAAGUUUGUGAUUAAUUGUGAUUAAUGGUUUGACAGUCCUAUUCUCAAAACAUCAGUACAAAAACAUCCUUCAAUGGAGUGUUUUUUUUUUUUAUUAAGCAUUUUAGUUUUCAGAGAACAUUCGGAAUUUUCAGAGAACAUUCAAAAGCAAUGUUUCCAAAAUGUUUACGUAAUGAUAAAACGGAAUGUUCGCUUAAAGGAUUAGUUCACUUCCAAAACAAAAAUUAACAGAUAAUGUACUCACCCCCUUGCCAUCCAAGAUGUUCAUGUCUUUCUUUCUUCAGUCGUAAAGAAAUUAUGUUUUUUGAGGAAAACAUUUCAGGGAUGUUCUCCAUAUAGGCUAUAGUGCCCGCAAGUAUGAACUUCCAAAAUUCUGUUCAAGUGCAGCUUCAAUAGGCUCUAAACGAUCCCAGCCAAGAAAGAAGGUUUUUUUAGCGAAACAAUUGGUUAUUUUCUAUAAAAAUGUACAAUUUAUAUAUUUUUUAAACUUCAAAAUCAUCCUACAUCGUUGUUUUACCUUUUUUUUUUUGUAAAGGGCGUUUUAACUUUGUUGCACAUUCACUUUGUAAACACUGGGUCAGUACUGGUACUGGGGUACUGGAGAUAGGAGUUUUUCGACCUACCCUAACUGUCUUGAACUGGAGUGCACAGAAUACACGCAGAGCUAGACAAGACGAGCAUUUGAGGUUAAAAAGUAUAUAAAUUGUACUUUUUAGAAAAUAACUUUUUUGUUUUGCUAGAUAAGACCCUUAUUCUUCGUCUGGGAUUGUUUAGAGCCCUUUGAAGCUGUUUUAAACUACAGUUCAAACUCGCAGGCACCAUAGAAGUCCACAGUAUGGAGAUAAUUCCUGAAAUGUUUUCCUCAAAAAACAUAAUUUCUUUACAACUGACGAAAGAAAGGCAUGAACAUCUUGGAUGACAAGUGGGUGAGUAAAUAAUCUGUACAUUUUUGCUCUGGAAGUGAACUUCUCCUUUAACCAAAUAAAAAACUGAGCGUUUUGAGACUUUGAACAUUUAGAGAACAUUCAGAAUGUUUUUGUAACUUAAUGUUAGCAUUAGCAUGUUUUUGUUAGCUGGGUAUUUUGUUCUGCUAGAUAAAAACAGUGACUUGGGUCUUUCUUGAUCCUGUGAAAACAUUCUUUUGAGAUUUUGCCUGACUUUUAGCAAUUCAAUGGACUGUUUCAUAAAGCUAGAUUAACUCAAAAAUUAACAUAGAGAAUACAGUGUAUUUUCGUUUUUAAUCCCUCAUAUGAAACAGCCCUUUGAUUUAAAGAAUGUACAUGUAUGCAAUACUAAAGAGAUCAAUCAGUUGAAAACGUAAUGCACAGAUAUUUAGGAUGUUUUUAACAAUAUACUAUCUGCUUAGCGCAUUCAGAAAGUACUGAAAUUAAUAUAGAGAUUUUGGAUUUGUUAUCUUGGCGCUCACAAUACUUGAUAUAUUUUCAUUGUACUUAAUGUAUACUUAAAGUAAAUUAGAGAGUCAAACUUAUUCUUGUGGCUUCAUGCAGUAUUGUUUGUUUGAAAGUGGAAGUAACUAAAUGUAUUGUUACUAUUUGAUACACAGUGAUACUGGUUCUUUGUUUUAUUGAUCUAAUGUCAUGAAAGAGUGUGUGGUCAUUCAGGCAGUAACAGUAUGACCGUCUGUGUUGAGCGGUUUGUGUGGGUGUAUUACCUUUGCAUGCUAGAGUGUAUCUGUGUGCAGAUUUGUUACUACUCAAUAAAUGUACAAGUCAUAAA